AUGAGGCCAGAAGCUCAGCAACAGAUAGAGUUUCAGUCCCUCGGUGCCUGCAAGCUGUUCAGCCCAGAAGAGCUUAAACAUGGCAGGCAGCAUUGUGGAGACUUUGAGAAACGCUCUCUAUGCAGACAACACAAAAAGGGCUUUGAAUUCUUACACUGCAGAGUUGCAAACAGUGCUGUAGUUACCAGUGAUGCGGUAACAACGUUGAGAACUACUGGAAGCAUGGCAGGGAGCUGCAAAAAUAUUUCAUGUUACAGGAGUCCGCAGUCAGAAAACACAGUGAUGCCAAUUUACGCUACCACAGCAACAAGCAAAGGCGAUGCUUCUGCUGUAUGCUGUACAUGGCAGAAGAGCCACGGUGCUAAAGUGAGUGACCCCCAAACCAUGUAUGCUUUGGAUCAAACAGAAGUGAAUAACAACUGUGAAUAUCUAAACAGAGACACUGUUUCGUGUUCUAUUGGCGCACACAGUAGCUUUAGUUCAAGUUUCAGUUUCAUACAGCUCUCCCUGAACUCGUUCUCUGGAGUAGGUGAUGCUGAAGGCAAGUCAACCAUCGAGGAAGCUGAGUACGUUCUGCAUCCCAGCACCGCAGGAAAUCUGCAGAAGCCAGAGGAGACAGCGCAGACUCGUGAGUACUCGGGAGCUUUGCAUUGCUUCUCCAGGCUCAGAGAGAAUUUGGAGUAUGAAAAUGAGACCACAGCAAAUGAUAAACUACAGGACUGUGAGACUGUCUCUCUCUCGGAUACAGAUGCAACAUUUUCAUAUUCUACAGAUUCAUCGGAUGCAGCAUCUGCUGGCUCUUCUGUCACCUCGGGCUAUGAAAGUAGCUUUACUGUUAGUGACCAUAACUGGGAUACUUUGAUGAAAAAAUAUGAACCAGUGCUACAGGACUGCCUGCUUGGCAACCGCAGUACCUUAAAGAUAAAAUCCUUGAUCUUACAGCUUCAGAGGCUUCAGGAAAAAGCAAUAGAGGAAGACGACUAUGAUAGAG